AUGAACGAUUUAUUUAGCAAAGCCAAUUCAAUCAAAUGUCAUAUUAAAAAUCAUUCUGAUUUAGGUUUAGGAAUAUCAGUAAUGUGUUUAGAUGAAAAGUGUAUUAGUAAUAAAAAAGCCAUUUGUGCUAUAUGUGCAAAGGAAUCUCAUAUUAAUCAUAAAGUGAUAAGCAUAUCUAAAAUUGAUUAAUGUAUAACUGAAUAUUAAGAAAGAUGGGUUUAGAAUAAAUUAAAAUAGUAAUUAGUUAAUGAUUUUGAAAAAAUCACAGAAGAAAUAGGUUCAAGUUUUUUGAAGUAUGGAUCUUAAUUUUCAUCAAUUUUAGAUGAAAUUAAUUAAGUUUAAAAUAUCUAUAAGACAUAUAUUUAAUGUGAAGAAAUCACAGAAAUUGUUUUAUAAAAAUUGGGUUAAGAAUUAUAAGAAUUGACAAGAUUAGAUGCAGGAUCUUUGAGUUUAAAAUUUUCUGGAUAGAAACAAAUUAGUUAAUUAAAAUAGUUUGUGUUAGAAAUGUAAUCUCUGAAUAUAUUGUUAAAUAAGGCAUAAAAAUCAAAUGAAAUGUUAUAAUCAAUAAUAUUAUAGACACAAGAGAGAGAUUAAUUAAAAUAAUAUUUAGAAAAUUUAGAAAAGUUAUAGUAUGAAUAAUUAAAGGAAUAAUAAAGAGAAAUAAGAGAGGAGGAUAGUUUUAGUUUAUGUGAUAAAAAUUUAAUAAAAUUAAAAUUAGAUUAUUAUAAUAGUGUGACUGCAAUAGAUGUUACAAAUGAUGGAUAAUUAUUUGCUGGUGGUUCAAAUUGGAAUAAUAAAGUAGUAGUGUAUGAUUUAGAUUCGAUGAUAGAAUUAAAAUGUUUUAUUUGUUAAUCAGAUAGAAUCUAAGCAUUGAAAUUUUCACCAAAUAAAAAAUGGUUAUUAGUUGGAAGUGGAAGAUCGUCAGAUAUUUGGAUGUGGGAUAUAAAUAAUUUAGAAUCACGUCCAAUUAUUUUUAAGGGACAUAAUGAAGGAAUAAAUAGAUUUAGUUUUUCCUCUGAUUCUAAAUAUUUUUGUUCAGUAAGCGGUGAUAGAUAAGGUAUAGUAUGGAAUAUAGAAAGUAAUAAAUAACAAUAUAGAUUGAAUGGACAUUCAUAAGCUGUGAAUGGUUGUUCAUUUGGUGGUGGUAAUUGGUUAUUAAAUAUGAAUUAAGAAAAUUAUAAUGUAAAUUAAAUUAUUGCAACUAUUGGUGAUGAUAAAAAUAUAAUAAUAUACAAAAAUGAUAAAGUAUUAAAGAAAUGGUAAGCACAUAAUGAAGAGGGAUAUUGUGUAGAAUUUUCUUAUGAUUAUGAAUGGUUGAUAUCUUCAGGUAAGGAUAAAUUUAUAAAGUUAUGGUCUACUCGUAAUUUCAUAUUGUUAAAAUAAUUUGAAGGACAUAAAAGAGGAAUAUGGACAUGUGGGUUUUCUCCAUAUUCUUAAUAUAUUGGUUCAGCAUCAUGGGAUGAUACAAUUAGAAUUUGGAAUGUAAAUGAUGUAAAUGAUAUAAUUGAAGUGAAUAAUGAAUUUGUAAAUCUACCAUAAAUCAGUAUAAGUGGAUUUACAAGAUGUGUAAUAGCAAGUAGUAAAACAGUGUUUAAUAUAUGGAGAAGAUGAUAAUGAG